AUGGCAUUAACUCGUCAAUUGUAUAAACAUCAAGGCGGUAGUAAUACUGGUACUAGUAAUUGGAUUGCUAAUCAAAAUGCUCGACGCGAACAAGAAGCUGAUCGAAUUUUUCGUGAACGACAACUAGCACAAGGUCGUAUUGAAACAGAAAUGCAAGAAUUUUCAAUAAAAGCAGAAAAUAAACGAAAUAUACGUGAAUAUGCACGUGUUGAACGUGAUCGAGCAAUGGAAGAAGCUAUUAUUCAAGCACAAUCUGAAAAACAAUUAGCAGCUGAAGCACGUAGUCAAGAAGAACGUUUAGCUACAGAACUUGAAAGAAUCAAACUUGAAAAAAUACGUGAUGAAAAAAUGAGACAACAAAUUCGUGAAACAAGUUAUGAAUUACGUGAAUUAGAAUCAAAAUUACGCGCUGCUUAUGUUCAAAAAGAACGCACGGCACAAAUGGCUGAAAAAGAAGCUUUAAAAUUUGAUUCAUAUUUAGAAGAUGCUGAAAUCGCACGACGUAUGCGUAGUGAAACUGAUAAAGCUGAACAAGAUCGUCGUCAACGUGAAAUUAUUCGACAACAAGAGAUGAUACGUUAUAAACAAGAACUUGAACGACAACUUGAAGAACAAGAAUUACAUAAACAAAAAGCUUAUGAAGAAUUUCUACGAGAAAAAUUAGUUAUUGAUGAAAUUGUUAGAAAGAUUUAUGAAGAAGAUCAAAGGGAAAUGGAACGUAAAUUAGAACGUCAACGUGCUACCCGUGAAUUUAUUGUUGAGUUUAAGCGUAAACGUGAAGAAUGGAAAACUAUGGAACGUCAACGUAUGGAAGAAGAAAAUCGUCGUAUAAAAGAAUAUGCUAAAGCUCAAGAACAACGAGAAGAAAUAGCAAAAGCUGAGAAACGCGCUCGAGAACAAGCUUUCGAUAGAGUUCAACAUGCAUUAGCUGAACAAAUAAAACGUGAUCGUGAAGAACGUGAAGAGCAAGAAUUAGUACGACAAGAAUUAUAUUUGGAAGAACAAGAACAAGCUAUACGAAGGCGUGAACGUGAUGAAAUAGAAGCACGUAUAAGACAACGUCUUGAAUUACAACGUGAACGUGAUGAACAAAUACAAUUUAAACGUUUACGUGAUGUAGAAAUUAAACAAGAAGAAGAAAAAUUUCGACAACAAUUAAUGGCAAAGUUUGCUGAAGAUGAUCGUAUUGAACAAAUGAAUGCUCAAAAGCGUCGUAUGAAACAAAUCGAACAUAAAAGAGCUGUUGAUGCUUUACUUGAAGAGCGUCGACGUCAAAUGACAAUGGAUAAACAACGUGAUAUUAAUGAACGUGUUGAAGCUGAACGUAUUGAACAAAUACGAAAACAAAUUAUUGAAGAAGAGCGUAUUAAAUUACUUCGUGAACAUGCACAUCGUUUAUUGGGAUAUUUACCAAAGGGUGUUAUUCGAGAUGAAAAAGACCUUGAUCAUCUUGGGAAUGAUUUUAAAAAUGAAUUCAAACGACGACAAGUCAAUAUGCAACAUCCAGGUGGAUGGGACAAUUUAUAA